CUGCACUUCCCGGCGUGCCCCACGACCGCCGCGGUGCGGGUCAAGAUGGCUCCCGUGGAGCACGUUGUGGCCGACGCCGGCGCCUUCCUGCGGGCAGCCCCGCUUCAGGAGAUUGGCAGGAACGUCUACACGAUCCGUGAAGUGGUGGCCGAGAUCCGGGACAAGGAGACCAGGCGGCGGCUGGCGGUGCUGCCCUAUCAGCUCCACUUCAAGCAGCCUUUCCCCGAAUACGUGCGCCUGGUGACGGAGUUUUCCAAGAAGACGGGCGACUACCCCAGCCUUUCGGCCACCGACAUCCAGGUUCUGGCCUUGACCUACCAGCUGGAAGCUGAGAACGUUGGUGUGGCCCACUUGAAGAAAGAGCCGGAGCAGAAGGUAACGCUCAGCUCGACGACCCAGCACCCCGAGGCCCCAGUGCGUGUCGCUGGCUUCCACCUCCCUGCCAAGACCAAACGCCCUGGGGGUGAAAAGCGCCUUUCGGCUGCGGGCGGCAGAGAACGCGCAGACUCCGCCGGGCCCGAGCUGGCCUCCGAGUUUGGCUCCUUCCUCUUCUGGAGGCCUCCCCUGCCCAGUAUCGAGGAGGACCUGCAGGCCCUGCUGAAAGCUGACGCCGUCCGUGCUGAGCCCGAGGAUCCCAACACCCAGGAGAGUGGAGAGGACAGCGCAGAGGAGGAGGAGGAGGAAGAGGAGGAGGAGGAGGAGGAGGAGGGCGGCGGUUGGAUCACACCCAGCAACCUCAAGCAGGUCCAGCAGGGCCUGGGCCACGGCGAUGAGCCGACCGGCGUGCAGGUUGGCUGCGUCACCACCGACUUCGCCAUGCAGAACGUCCUGCUGCAGCUGGGGCUGCACGUGCUGGCGGUGAACGGCCUGCUGAUCCGGCACGCCCGGAGCUACAUCCUGCGCUGCCACGGCUGCUUCAAGAUGACGUCCGAAAUGACCCGGCUCUUCUGCCCUCACUGCGGGAACAAAACACUGAAGAAGGUGGCGGCCACCGUGGAGGACGACGGCGGCCUCCGGGUGCAUUUUUCCCGGAACCCAAAGGUCUUGAACCCGCGUGGACUCCGGUACUCGCUCCCCGCUCCUCAGGGCGGCAAGCACGCAAACAACCCCCAGCUGACGGAGGACCAGCACUUCCCCCAGCAACGGCUCUCCCGCAAGGCCAGGCAGAAGACGGACGUCUUCAACCCCGAUUACAUCGCAGGGGUUUCUCCGUUUGUGGAGAACGACAUCUACAGCCGGGCUGCCAACCUGCAGAUCCGGGACGCCGCGCUGGGCGCAGGCAGGAGGCGCCUGAAUCCCAACACAGCAGCCAGGAAGUUUGGGAAGAAGCGAUGAAGCGGGGAGGGACGGCCGCCUGCCCGGGCCACUGGCGGCGAGCGGACACUUUGCUUUUCCAAAGGGUUUGUGAGAAGGCAGGACUUGGGCGACCUGCCUGUGCAGGGAAGCGCUGUGCUUCCGAGGCAGUGGACAGAAAGGGGAGGGGAGGGCGCGGCAUCUCCGAAGGCCCCUCAAGCCAUCCGGCACGUGGCCGUGUGCCCCCUCCCACGCAACAGACUCAGCAGCAGCAGCUGCCAUCUUCCGAAUAAACCAGGCCCUUUCUGCGUUCCGUCUCCAUCUUCUGUAAAGUGGGGGAAACGUUGCUUUCUGGUGCCAGGAGGAAAGGCCACCAGCUCAGCAGUUUGGGGUGGGGGUGGGGUGGGGGGACUGGCACGCCUCCUAGAUCCACCCAACACCGUGGGGUUUGACAUGGGCGCUUGCUUCCUGGCGUUUCUUUGCACUGGUGGUAGAGGUCAAGGGCAGAAGGCGGUGGCCGUCCCUUCUUUUUACGACCAGUUUUUCGGCUGGAGCCCCCCCUCCCCCCAUGUCUGCUGGGCCAUCUCGUAUCAAGCUGCUGGCUGGGAGCCUUUAGGCGUGGGUGUUCAAAGCCAAAAUGAAGGAGAGGGAAUGGCUAGAUUUGUGGUGAACACCCAAGCACACACCUUCGCUGGAUUAAAUCCUCUUUGUUCGGAA